UUUCUUUCUCUUUCUAACGAGAUUCUGCCGGGAGUUACCUACGCGUUACAUGAGCCUCGGUUGCACUGUGGCAAGUUAGUCGUUUGCUGAUGUUUGUGUGUGGCAGUAGCGCGAUUUGUAGCGAAAAAACCGGAAGUGAGUGAAGUGAAGUUCGCAAAAACGCAGCCCAUUGUGUGAUGUUGAAAUUCACAACCAAGCUCAGUGAUGCAACAUUUCGAAUAGCAGUGAUAAUGCUUACCACUGUGUGAGUGUGUGUGUUUAAACUGCAAAGUAGAUGCAGUUCUCGAGCAAGUAUAAUCGCGGCGUGAUUGUUAUAGCAAAUCAACCAGUGUGUGAAUCGAACGAUUGGUGUGUGCCGAGAAAGGUUGCUUGUUGCACAACAUGAUCCCACAACGCUAUCCUACGUAAAAAAAAAGUUCCUUACCAGAUUUCACGGUGUCUUUGUGUAACGUAACACACCUAUUAAUGAACUGUAUUAACGCUCCACAAGCUUGUUAAUCAAAGUUAGGUAAGAUCCACAUUCGCCUUUUUUGUGGUUUCUUCCGAUACAUUGAAGAUCAUUUUUGCGUCGCAGUUUUUUAAGAGAACAUUUUAAUCAUGACGAAGAAAACUUCAUCCAUUGGCCAUUUUGCGGCCAGCACCUCGGGCGCUGGUGCCGGUGGGAUGAACCAUUUCGGAACCGGAACCUGCGGUACGGACAGUUCCGACAAGCAGCAAUUAUCGUCGUCCGGUUCGAAUCAGCAGCAGCAACACCAUGAUGGUGGUAAAAGCUCAUCCCAGGACCGUCAGCAUCAUCAUCAACAUCACCACCAUCAGCACCAUUUGCAGCAGCAGCAGCAGCAGCAACAACAGUCCGGUGGCAAGCUGCGUGACAAACACACCGUCCACUGGUUCCGCAAGGGGCUACGGCUGCACGAUAAUCCGGCGCUCCGGGAAGGACUCCGUGGGACGAAAACGUUUCGGUGCGUUUUCAUCAUCGAUCCGUGGUUUGCCGGCAGCUCAAACGUUGGCAUCAACAAAUGGAGAUUUCUCCUCCAAUGUUUGGACGAUCUGGACCGGAACCUACGCAAACUGAAUUCGCGCCUGUUCGUGAUACGGGGCCAACCGGCGGACGCAUUGCCAAAGCUGUUCAAAGAAUGGGGCACAACCUGCCUAACAUUCGAGGAAGACCCCGAACCGUUUGGCCGGGUGCGAGAUCACAACAUCUCGGAGAUGUGCAAAGAGCUCGGCAUCGAAGUCAUCUCGGCCGCAUCUCACACGCUGUACAACUUGGAAAGAAUUAUCGAAAAAAAUGGUGGCCGAGCACCGCUAACAUACCAUCAGUUCCAAGCCAUUAUCGCCUCGAUGGAUGCACCGCCCCAACCCGAGGCAUCCAUCACGCUCGAUGUGAUCGGGAAGGCUACCACACCGCAGUACGACGAUCACGACGACAAGUACGGUGUGCCGACGCUGGAAGAGCUCGGGUUCGAGACGGAAGCCCUGCGGCCACCGGUAUGGAUCGGCGGUGAAACGGAAGCACUGGCCCGGCUCGAGCGUCACCUCGAGCGGAAGGCGUGGGUCGCAUCGUUCGGCCGACCGAAAAUGACACCCCAGUCACUGCUCGCUAGUCAAACGGGUCUCUCGCCCUACCUGCGGUUCGGCUGUCUCAGCACGCGGCUCUUCUACUACCAGCUGACCGACCUGUACAAGAAGAUCAAGAAAGCCUGCCCACCACUGUCCCUGCACGGGCAGCUACUGUGGCGCGAGUUUUUCUACUGUGCCGCUACGAAAAAUCCCACCUUCGACAAGAUGGCCGGCAAUCCGAUCUGCGUCCAGAUUCCAUGGGAUCGAAAUGCGGAAGCACUAGCAAAGUGGGCCAGCGGGCAGACCGGAUUCCCGUGGAUCGAUGCGAUCAUGACGCAGUUGCGAGAGGAAGGUUGGAUCCAUCAUCUGGCAAGGCACGCCGUUGCGUGCUUUCUGACACGUGGUGACCUGUGGAUAUCCUGGGAGGAAGGCAUGAAGGUGUUCGAGGAGCUGCUGCUCGAUGCGGACUGGUCGGUGAAUGCGGGCAUGUGGAUGUGGUUGUCGUGUUCAUCGUUUUUCCAACAAUUUUUCCACUGCUACUGCCCGGUAAAGUUUGGCCGCAAGGCUGACCCGAACGGCGACUACAUACGUCGGUAUCUGCCGGUGCUGAAGAACUUUCCUACGCGCUUCAUCCACGAGCCCUGGAACGCGUCGGAGAGCGUGCAGCGUGCGGCCAAGUGUCUGAUCGGCAAGGACUACCCACUCCCAAUGGUGAACCAUGCGAUCGCGUCCCGUGCCAACAUGGAGCGCAUCAAGCAGGUGUAUCAGCAUCUGGCCAAGUAUCGUACGCCGGGCGGCGGAUGCUACGAAGCGGACUGUAACGAGAAGGGCGGUUCGGCGAUAGCGGGCGUCAUGACGGCGGCCAAAGUGCAGCACAUGAACACGAGCAGCAUGAACGACAGUCCCAGCCCUACCACGAUACUGACGAGCGUGAACAGCUCGGGCAACUACAUGUGCCGUAGCAAUCCGCCCGCACAAAGCGAUCCCAACGGGAAGAUCAUUACGUACCAUCAGAUGCUCGGUGGUCCCGAGCCACGAUCAACGCUCGGAGGUAAUGGAAGCGGUGAGCGAGGCGGUACCGGUGCUUCGGAAGGCAACAAACACGGCGAUCACGGCACAGUCGGCAGCAACCAUAUGAUGUCGGGGAAAGACUCCGGAGUUUCGCAGCACCAGCAACAGCACCACCAGACACAGCACUCACACCAAGCACAGAACCUGGAUCAGCAAUCGCAGGAAAACAGCAACAGUGUGGCAAACAGCGAGCAGCAGCGGUUCGGCUCGAUGGCUGACUAUGCGGCUAUCAAGCCGGACAGCCUCAGUACGCUCAUCCGGGCCGGCAAUUUGAGCACGGUCGGGGCGCGCUUCUCCAACUUGCAGGACCAGCUAAGCAACAGUCUGAUGUCGCUCGAGUGUGAUGUGAUGGCCACCAAACUAAAGCCAAACAAUUACGAGUACGAGCGGAAUCAGAAUAUUUACAACAGCCAGUUUAAGGUGGAGUACAGCGAUAACUUCAACUCGGGCUACGGUUUGCGGAAUGCCGUUUUCUACGGUGGCAAGCACGAGGACGAGAACGAAGAAAGUCUCAAAGCGGACAGCAUCAACAACAACAACCACAGUGAUCAGCUCGGGGGUAAUAAUGUGGACGGUGAAGGACAGGCGGUGCAUAACGAGGCGGACGAGGAUGACGGUGAUGAAUCCCCGAUGUCCACGCUGGAGGACACCGGGACCAAUCAAGCACCCCACGCGCUUCUCUUUGGCACGAACAAAUCCAAACAAAUCAAACAAGAAUCUGGACUGGUGUCACAGUCGACGCGCAUGUUUCUCGAACCACCGAAACAUUAUCCCGGUCGUGGUUCGAAAGUCCAUCGCGCACGGUGCGAUGAUCAGCCCGAGCAGCAAUCGCACGCACUGCACAGCUCGUCGCUUGAUGCGCAGAUUAAGAAGGAGCAACAGAUCACCUCGCAACAGUUACCACCACACUCCAUGCACACCGAUUGUGAUUACGAACCGGAGAGCCAUAAGCUGAUGGCCAAUAUCCAUCGACAGCAGCAGCAGCAGCAGCAGCAGCAGCAACAGCAACACGAUCAACAGCAGCAGCAACAGCAACAACAGGCUUCCAUGAUGGCCGCCCAACGGCUGGAAGCGUCACAAAUGGACCAAGGAACCGAUCAGCCAAUGCAAGAAUCGCCGUGCAGUGAUGAGAAGAUCGGUGCAGCGGAUUAAUCUUAAUCUAGAUGCAGAUCGUGUGUCGCGUUUUGUUAGGCUGCGCGGAAGAAUGCUCCUUCCCCGCUUGUCCUUACCUCCAUCUGUACAAGUUUCAGGCCACCCGGUAUUAUGAAUUGAUUUUGCAGACAUUUUGGUACGAAGCAAAAAAAAAACAACAAAACUUAAUUCUGCUUUCGAAACAGCACUUUAAUAAAAAUGGAACUAGACACUGGAA